AUGAGAGCCCCGCCGCUGCCGCUGGCGCCCGUGGUGCUGUCGCUCCUGAUCCUCGCCUCAGCUCAUUAUGCUGCUGGACUGGACGUCAAUGACACCUACUCUGGGAAAGGGGAACCGUUUUCCGGAGACUAUGCUAAUGAAUUUGAAGUUACCUCAAGAGGUGGGAUGUCCUCAGGAAGCGAGAUUUCCCCUGUGAGUGAGAUGCCUUCUGCUAGCAAACUGUCCUCAGGGAUCGACUAUGACUAUGAAGAAGAGUAUGAUAAUGAACCACAAAUAUCUGGCUAUAUCGUAGAUGAUUCAGUCAGAGUUGAACAGGUAGUUAAACCGAAGAAAAAUAAAACAGAAAGUGAAAAGACUUCAGAUAAGUCCAAAAGAAAGAAAAAAGGAAGCAAAAAUGGAAAAAAUAGAAGAAACAGAAAGAAGAAAAAUCCAUGUGAUGCAGAGUUUCAAAAUUUCUGCAUUCACGGAGAUUGCAAAUAUUUGGAGCAUCUGAAAAUAAUAUCGUGCACCUGUCAUCAGGAUUACUUUGGUGAACGGUGUGGAGAAAAGUCCAUGAAGACUCACAGCAUGGUUGAUGGUAAUUUAUCGAAAAUUACGUUAGCAGCCAUAGCUGCCUUUGUCUUAGCUGUGAGCUUCACAGCUAUUGCUGUUAUCAUUACAAUUCAGCUUCGAAAACGAAACUUCAGGGACUAUGAAGGAGAAGCUGAAGAACGAAAGAAACUUCGACAAGAAAAUGGAAAUGCACAAGCCAUAGCAUAA